CUGUGUGGCUCCCGAGUAGGCUCAGCGCGCACGGGGCCGGGCGGAAGCGGCUUUCUGGCCUAAGCUUUAAUAGGCCUCGCCUGUGCUUCCUGUUUCCUCUUUUACCAAGGACCCGCUAACAUGGGCCGCGUUCGCACCAAAACCGUGAAGAAGGCGGCCCGGGUCAUUAUAGAAAAGUACUACACGCGCCUGGGCAACGACUUCCACACUAACAAGCGCGUGUGCGAGGAGAUCGCCAUCAUCCCCAGCAAAAAGCUCCGCAACAAAAUAGCAGGCUAUGUCACGCAUCUGAUGAAGCGGAUUCAGAGAGGCCCAGUAAGAGGUAUCUCCAUCAAGCUGCAGGAGGAGGAGAGAGAAAGGAGAGACAAUUAUGUUCCUGAGGUCUCAGCCUUGGAUCAGGAGAUAAUUGAAGUAGAUCCUGACACUAAGGAAAUGCUGAAGCUUUUGACCAAGGAAUUCAUCUUCUUGGAGCUGCUGUCCAACCUGUACUCGAAUGGGGACCAGAACACGCUGAUGGAGGAGUCUGCAGAGCAGCUCUUCGAUGAUGGUGAUGUUUAUUUCCCUGUUCUCGGCAGCCCGAAAAGAAUGGCAUGCAGCCUCUCCUGCUCCUCCUGCCGCCUCUCCUGUACCAACAGCUUCUCCAGCCAAGCCUGGGUGCUCCUGGGGAGUCCUGCAUUACAGAAAGCAGCUGCUGGAUCUGCUGUGCAGUGAGGUGGAGAAACAGAGGCCUUGAGGGCUAGGGAAGAGGGCAGCCUCCCCAGGUGGGGCAACGCGCCAGCUCCUCGCAGCCGCUGUGUGGCUCGGCCCGCUGCUGCAGCAUCCUCUCCAGCUCCCGCAGCCUCUCCAGCUCCCGCAGAGUCUCCUGCUGCCACAGCCUCUCAUCCUGCUCCCGAAGCCUCUGCUGUUCUAGCACCUCCUCCACCUCGACGACCAGCCUCUCCUGCUCCUCCAGCCGCCUCUCCUGCUCCUCCUGCCGCCUCUCCUGCUCCUCCUGCCGCCUCUCCUGCUCCUCCUGCCGCCUCUCCUGCUCCUCCUGCCGCCUCUCCUGCUCCUCCUGCCGCCUCUCCUGCUCCUCCUGCCGCCUCCCCUGCUCCUCCUGCCGCCUCCCCUGCUCCUCCUGCCGCCUCUCCUGCUCCUCCAGCCGCCUCUCCUGUUCUAACAGCUUCUCCACCUCUUCCAGCAGCCUCUCCUGCCCUGGCAGCUUUUUCUGUUCACACAGCCUCUGCUCCUUUUCAAAUAGCCUCUCCUCUUGUUCACAGAGCAUGUCCUCCUGUUGAUGUAUCCUCUCCUCCUGUUCAUAUAGACUCUCCUCCUGCCUCUUGUUCAGGAGAAUCAGCAUCUGAUUGUUUUCCACCUCGGCCUCGAGCUGUCUUCCCACACUCUCCAGCUCCUUCCUUAGGUGGUUGGUCUCAUCUUGUAGCUGCUCCACCUCAGAGGGCCCUGCUGGGGGCUCUGGGGCCAGGGGUUCAGCUGAGAAAGGAAGCAGACAAUAAGGGCCUCUGGAUUCUCAAAAAAAAAAAAAAAAAAAAAAAAAAAAAAAAAAAAAAAUCCACCCUUUGGUUCACAGCUCCUCCUCUCAGGCUUCCCAAACUUGGCCUCACUGCUAAUGAUUCCUCACACCCGGAUGGUAGCCAGUCUUCCAAGUCACUUUCAGCUAGAGAGCACUGUGGGUGGCUGACAACGGGCAUUCCUCCCUCUUUACUGAUGGGGACACUGAGGCUCAUGGAGAUGACAAGACUUGCCGUCUCCUGGCACAGACCUCUUUCCCUCUGCCUCAAAGCCCUUCCAUCCACCCACCUCCCUGGGGCAUUCUAAGUCACCCCCACAGCCCUCUGAUGCCACUCUUGCUCCCAGGUCACACCAGCCCCAUCUUACCCAUCUGGUUUUUGUCUGGCCAGCCAAGACUCACAUCCCCAGGUGAGUGGUAACCACCAGAUAUGGCUGUAUCAGGGCUAUUGCCAUUGAUUUUAUUUUUCCUGUUAGCUCCUGCUGGAGUGCCAGGGCUCUUCCUCUGCCAAUAUUUUAACUGUGGGAAAAAAGAGCAGUAACACUCAUGAGAACCAUCAGCCCCUACAGCCACAUCCUCCUUUACAGUUUUGACAAAAUACUCUUAUACACCAUCUGAUUUAAUGCCACCAGCAACUGUACAAGGUGUUGUCACAAUCAUUUAGUGACUGAGAGGGAUUGAUACCAUGGAUAGGAAAAAAAAAGAAAGAAAGAAAGAAAAAGGAAAUACUGGAACUUAAACUCAGUCCUCUGACUCCAAGCUCUGGGGUUUUGCCAUGAAUCAGCAGCUGCCAGGGACCAAAACCAGGGGCAGAGGUAGAAAAGUAAACAUUAAGCAGGCAAGAACUGUAGGCCGUGUGGUUUAGAGUCAUACAUCCUCACACAUCUGUCAGUGUGAAGAAGUGCGCCAGUACCUCUCACACUUUCAUAUCAACGUGUCCUCAUGGCAGAAGGCAGCUUUUCUGUUAAAUCUGGGAAUUUAUCAGAAAGAGGACAACCCAAGCCUCAUUUCAGAGAGAAGUCUGGUAUACACUUGGAAACCUAUGUGUCUGUCAUCUCUAAGUACGUUAAUGAUUUUUCUCAAGAGAAUCAAGGGAAAAUGAUGCUUCAGAAAGAUGUCCCACAUUUAUCCUGUGGCACUCAAAGUACCCCAGGUUGAGAUGAUAUGAGGAAGAUUCAAGCUGUCAAGUUCAGUUUCCCAAGAUCUAUUCCACAGAAGAUGGGCAAAUCUCACUUCAGAGACCACUGACUGAAGGGCAGUCUGGUCCCAGAAGCGUGGAGAACUCAGAAAAAAAUGUUAAAGUCUCUCUGGAAAGUAGAAGCCUGGGAGAAAACCAAACCAAACCCAUUCUCCCAUUGCCACCCAGAAAUACUGUCAAUGUUUUCAGCUCACAGGGGAAGUGGAAGCUUUUCCCACUGUCAACGUCUAUGUGAAGGGAGUAAGGCAGCCUGAGACCUCUUGCUUCUAGGUCGCAUAGUCCCCACUCCCCUUCCAGCUGGAAAUUUAUGCUGCAACCAGAGGAACCAGAAAUGGGGUGAGAAAACUUAGGGGACUGGGUUGUAAGACCAAAGGCCAGUCUUGCAGCAGUAAUGACAGUUCCUAGGGGGACUGUGACAUCACUACAUUCCACUCCUCCCAGGGGAGGGGACCACAUCAGCACGAUGCCCGAGUAGCCGCUCCACGAUGGGGGAGGGAAACACAGGGUUUUGACCCAGGUCCUCGGAGACGUCAGCCCAAGAAGCCCAGGGAGGUCGAGCUUGGGGCGGCAGGAGGGGAGGGCAGAGUCUGCAGUAGGGAGCCCCAGGAGUCACCAGCCCUAAGUCACCCAGGGAUGACUGGCGAGGGUGGGGCCUGGGGCUGGAGGACCCAGGUCCUGGGAGACACAAGCCCCGAGAGCCCAGGGAGGUUGGGCUUGGGGCAAUAGGAGGUGAGGGCCGAGUAUGGAGCAGGGAGCCCCAGGAGUCACCCGCCCAAGUCACCCUGGGGUGAUUGGCAAGGGCAGGGACUGGGCUCCUUGCUGAAGGGGUGGGGCUGACUGACAAGACUUUGGUCGGGGGAGCCCAGAGGAGCUGGGGUUGGGGGGCCCAGUCUGGUGUGCCUCGGGACUGGUAUGGACUCUGGCACCGGUCUUGUCACCAGAGGGCGUCUGUGGCUGGGUUGGGGGCCAUGACCUGGGGCGUUUUACCUUUUUCUUGGCUGCGGCCAAUUUCCCCUGUUGUGUUUUUCCUGACAUUGCGGGGUGCGGAGGGAGGCGGGGUUGGGGCCACCUCAGCGAAAUCCCAGUGAGCACUGCUGAAUGCCUCCAGUCACCUACCAGGCAGCUGUGCGACUGAGCCACAGGAGGCGUAACCAGGGCCCCACUAGAAUGCAGAAUAGGGGCGUGGCCUUAAUGCUCCAAGCCCAUUGGUCAGUGACAAAGAUGAAAGGGAAAGGAGGCGUGGCCAGGCAGCAGCAUGUCCAGAGGGAUCUGUGGCAUCAUAAGGAAAGUGGCCCAUGCAACCGCUGUCCCUGCCCACUCAGAGAGAGGGGAGGGGCCACCCAUUCUGGGAGAGGGGAGGGGCUGGCUUUUGCUUUAAAAGCUUUAAAACUGUAAAAAGUAAACUUUAAAAAAUA